UGCGUUGGUAGAGGUCCCCCCUGGUUGGGUCCCUUUUGCAGUAGUUGGGAGUUGUAGCGACUGAGCGAAAGAGAGGGAGCGCGCCAGAGAAAACCCCGAACAAACAGAAGUAGUGUCAUUAAGUGAAUUUUGUGACACCAUCCGCCGCGGCUUCACCAGACCGACACAAUAUAUCCACCGGAUCACUGUUUUACCGACAGCCAAGCCCACUUCGUGUCCAGCUCGAGAGCCUCAGAACGCGGUCGUGUCAGCGGGCAUGAGCUAACCCCAGACAUGGAAACCAAACCUUUCUUGUCAUUGGGGUUCCUGAAGCCUCAGUGCUCGCUGGCGCCCCCCCCACAGAGAGGCCGCUCCGAUGGCUGCACCUGCUUCAGUGGCAUGUGCCACCUCCACCAGCGACGCCUGUCCUCCGCGCCAUCAGUCUUCACUUCGAUGGAGGGCAUCACAUACAAGUCGUCGGGGCCCGUGACGUCGUCGCCGCUGAACUCGCCCACGUCCCAUCGGGGCAUGCACCCGGCGCUGCUCAGCCCGUCCUCCAUGGGCCCGGGCCCACUGCACUCGCCCAUCAGCAGCCUGCCCUCGCCCAUGAAUGGCCUGGGCUCGCACUUUUCCGUCAUCAGCUCGCCCAUGGGCCCGCACACCAUGAGCUCGCCCAGCAUGGGCUACGGCUCCAGCAUCAGCCCGCAGCUGAACUCCCCGAUGAACUCAGUGAGCAGCUCAGAGGACAUCAAGCCUCCUGUAGGCCUGAACGGCGUGAUGAAGGUGCCUGCGCAGCCUUCCAACAACCCCCUGUCCCUCACCAAACACAUAUGUGCCAUCUGCGGAGAUCGCUCUUCAGGCAAACACUAUGGGGUGUACAGCUGCGAGGGCUGUAAAGGCUUCUUCAAACGGACCGUGCGCAAGGACCUGACGUACACCUGCCGCGACAACAAGGACUGCACCAUCGACAAGCGCCAGCGCAACCGCUGCCAGUACUGCCGCUACCAGAAGUGCCUGGCCAUGGGCAUGAAGAGAGAAGUUUUGUUACAUGCAGCCGUCCAGGAGGAGCGUCAGCGGGCCAAGGACUGCAAGGAGAACGAGGUGGAGUCCACCAGCAGCGCCAACGAGGACAUGCCCGUGGAGAAGAUUCUGGAAGCCGAGCUGGCCGUCGAGCCCAAGACCGAGACCUACAUCGAGACCAACCUCGGCAUGCCCUCCAACUCGCCCAACGACCCCGUCACCAACAUCUGCCAGGCGGCAGACAAGCAGCUGUUCACCCUGGUGGAGUGGGCCAAAAGGAUCCCCCACUUCUCCGAGCUGCCGCUCGACGACCAGGUCAUCCUGCUGAGAGCAGGCUGGAAUGAGCUCCUUAUUGCCUCCUUCUCGCACCGCUCCAUCGCGGUGAAGGACGGCAUCCUGCUGGCCACGGGUCUCCAUGUGCACCGCAACAGCGCCCACAGCGCCGGGGUGGGCGCCAUCUUUGACAGGGUGCUGACAGAGUUGGUCUCCAAGAUGCGGGACAUGCAGAUGGACAAGACUGAGCUUGGAUGCCUACGGGCCAUCGUCCUCUUCAACCCAGACUCCAAAGGACUGUCGAACCCUAGUGAGGUGGAGGCUCUCCGGGAGAAGGUCUACGCCUCCCUGGAGGCCUACUGCAAGCAGAAGUACCCCGAGCAGCCUGGGCGGUUUGCUAAGUUGCUCCUGCGUCUGCCAGCCCUGCGCUCCAUCGGCCUCAAGUGUCUGGAGCACCUGUUCUUCUUCAAGCUCAUCGGCGACACGCCCAUCGACACCUUCCUCAUGGAGAUGCUGGAGGCGCCGCACCAAAUGACAUAAUGACCUUUGACCUCGUCACUCUCACAACCUCUUACCCACAAAAUCCCUCCACCCUCACCCCCACCCCCGCCUCGUCCCGGCUCCGCCCCACCUGAGAGAGAAAGACUGACCACACACUGUCGCUGGACACAGAGAGAGCGCUUCAGAAGGAAAGUGGAGGGGGGGGGGGUGUAUGUCAGACAAGACUUUCCCUCUCUCUGUUCUAUGUUUCAAAAAAUGAGUUUCAUGAGUUUCAUCACAUCAAAGGGUCUGUUUUAUACCUUGUACAAAAUGCGAUAUAUAUAAAUGAAAAUGUCUAUAUAACUCAAACGAACAUUUUAAGGAUCAACAGAGCGAGACAACCAUGUACUUUACAGAUGAGAGACAAAAAGACAUGCAUGUGUUUUUUUUGUUUAUUUGUUUGUUUUUUUGAGAGAGAGAAAAAAAAGAUUUUUUCCCCUGGAAGCAAGGAUGCCGCGAGAUGUCAGUGAUGUCAUAACCUGGAAGUUGGGUAAUAGGAAACAUAACCUGUGCGUGUUUGAUUUUGCGUUGAGGAACAAUACGUAUUUUAAGAUUGCUUGACAGCAGCUUGGAGGGGAGGCGAGAGAGACUCUUUGCUACGGCAAAAACAAAAACCUCUAAGACCCUGAAGAUAUCCUACAUGCUAAACCUGCAUCGAUGCAAAUAUCCUCUCAGAGCUCCUGUUUAUUCCUAUGUGGUUUUCAGGAACCUGCACUAUUACCUGUCUCUCUCAAGGUCACAUUUUGUCAUUCAUGGCCACAUAUUGUGGUCACAGUGCAGUUAUGGUGUUCCUUCUUUGAAAUGACGAGAACCGAACAAGGACAGGGAAGAAAACAGAUUGUGUGUCUUAAUAUUGUUAUUGUUUAAUGGUCUGGUUUUUGAUGUGGAAUCUCCAGAAAGACUUUUUGAUGUUGAGUUGCUCAGUGUUGGCAGGUUCACCUGACUGAAAACCACAGUGGGGGGAGGAGGGGAGGGGAUGCAGGUCAGCUGUGUCCACUGAACUCCUGAGUGUACAUUUGCACGCCUUUCUUCAAGGAGAAAUGCCGAAGCAGCCAUCUAAUCACGGCUGUCAAGAUUCAGGUCAGAAGACAACUGACUGCAGUUCUCCUGAUUAUGUUUAGUGCAGAGUAGCAAACAAACACACACACACUCGCACACACACACACCAGCGCUCAAUGGAUAAGACUGCCUACCACUGGGUGACACUGUGAAUUUCUCCACACACACACACAUGCAUACACAUACACACAUCUUGUCGGGAGUUUCAGCCCAGAUGGGUGCUGAUGCAGACCCCGAGCAGGAGGUCUGAUCAGGGAACAGCCUCUCUUCAAGUCCAUACUCCAGCCUCAAUCAGGAGAACGUCCCAUCUCAACUGAUCCUAGUAUUUAUAGAAUGUGCCACCUCAACUGUUGAGUAUGCAUAGGACUGUGAGACCAGCUUUUGGAGUCUCUACUAUUGAGUAAAGCUGAAAAACCCUUCAUGAAAAUGAAAUUUCUUGUGACCAGGAAAUGGGUGAUGGAAAGAUACUAUUGUAAGAGUAAGAUGAUCCUCAUAGCUUCUCAGGCUGGUUGGAUGUGUUUUGGGGGGUAUCUGGAAGACGGGAAAAGGAAUGUGCCUGAAGUCACUGCAAGAUAUGAAAUGUCUUCAUGAGUAUUCGGUGUUUACUUACUGUGAGCAAGGGUCCUGUCACAUCAUGUUGCCCAAUGUUUGAUCCGCCCGGUGUCUUGCCCACACACCCACACACACACAAACAUUUGCGCCACCUUCAGUGGUUUAAGGUACAUUCACCUCAAUCCAACAAUCAAGGCAGUCUGUGGAGGCAGUGCAAGUCUAGCUUUAGAUGAAUCCUAUUUACCUGUGUAGUCCCAUCACCACCAUCAUACUCAGUAUUCAAUUUUCUUUUUAUUUUUGCAUUUGUUUUUUUUUUGCAUUUGUCACCUACCAAUGUGCACUUUCUUUACCUCCAUUUCCCUUCCUCCAACUGAUUUAUGAGCCUUGCAUCACUGGCGUCCUCUUUUUCACUGUCCUCUGACUCAUCCUUGCACCUCCGGUUCAGUGGUCAGUUGUUCCAGUGAUGGGUGGAGGAUGGAUGGGUGAGGCUACGUUUUUAGUUACCAUGAGGCAGUAGGGCAGUAGAACCUAACUUAAGUGGGUUAAGUCGCCAAGAGUCGUGUUUUGGCUUCUUUGCUUAGUCACCCUCAUGGCCUCCACCGAGUGAUCCUCUCCUGUUUCUUAAGCACUUAGCCUCGUGUUGCAGAGUGGCCAGCUCGACUUUCGAGAGCCAUCAGAGGGCCAGAUGAUUGGGGCUCGUUGGUGUUUAGGCCGCUGGUUCACGAUUAGUACACGUUCAUUACCCAGGGUGCACUUCUCCAGACAAAAGCAGUGUUGUUGUUGAAAAGAGAUUGUUUUUUUUUUUCCUAUGUUGUGCGAUAUCUCCAUACAAGGAUCAUUUUGAUCAUCAUGCCCAUACUCUGCGUUUUGUUUCACAUUGUUUUUUUAUGUUGUUUUAUCUUUUUCUCUGUUCUGCUGCUGUACAACUAUGCAUCUUGCAUUUCCCAAAGAUUGUCCAUAGUGAGGGCGCUAUCUUUGUUUUCUGUUUUUUCCCCUCAUCUUGCAAAUGGGAUGGCUGAAAGAAACCUGGUCUCAAGAAGGCUACCGAAUGUGCUGGAUUUUCCAUGUGCCUCGGCCCCCCACUCAGUGACUUUGGAACACGGGUCUUUGGAUCUAGGGCCGGCCUGUCCUCAUUUAUUACGUUAUCCAGCUACAGAAAAGAUUAAAAGCAUCUUUAGAGAGUGGUGACCAGCAUGAAAUAGGAAAAAUAUAAUGCAUUAUAGGCAGACCUUUGAGUACCCUCUAGUGGAGGAUAUGCAGCAGUACGGUGCUUGAGUUAAAACAAUUGAACUUGAAUUUUGUACAAGUAUGUAAUUGGAGAGAACAAAUUGCACUUUUGGACAAAACUGUUCACUUACCAGCAAUAGACAAUAAUUCAGGAAGUAUUGUCAUUUUUGUUAGUCAGUAAAUGGCAGUGAGGAAGAUUUGAUUGGCUGUAAACUUGUUAAACAAGUGCAGAAUACUGGAGAAAAAACUUCUUGCCAUGUAGAUAGCCUAUUGAAUUGAGUCAAGGAUCUGUACUAUAGAUACAUCCAAUGGAUUUGUCUAAGGUUGGUUCGGUUGUCGUAAGCCUUGCCUCAAAGAGACCAUCCUCAUGUCUCAACAGUCAGAUCUAUUAGAUAUUUCACAUUUCUGACCAAAAGACAUAAAACACACACACACACUCACCGUUAUCAGCAGUUUGGCUUCUCAUAGAAGAAUACAUGUUUGACUUUUGUUAGUGUCAGCCUCAGAUCUGAUUUUGUGCAGUGGUGCUCUCUUAAAAACGACAGCAUCUAAUGUGUUUUUUUUUUUCCCUUUUCUGAUCAUCUCCACUGUCAUUUUUGUUCAGUAUUCUUACUUUUGUUUUGUCAUUGCUCCUUUUUCUAGAUUUAUCAGGUUUACUGUUGAGUUUCAAGACCACAGGUAAUUUAAAGCCAUAUGCAAUGAAGAUCACUAACAAAGAAAAAAGUUAACUAUCCUGCAGGAAUCUUACAGAGAUGUGUCCUUUGCGCUAAUCUAGAAAUUAUCACAUAGAUAGAAUGAAUGCAUAAUGAAAUGCUUUAUAUAUACCAUAAAGCUAUAUUUUGUCUAUAUGUAUAUGUGUGUAUAUUUAUAAAUAUAUAUAUAUAUAUAAAUGAAUUGGUUUCCUUCCGUGUUUCCCAUCACUUUUAGCAGAGGGAGACACAAAAGUACUUUCAAUCAAAAUUUGAACCAGGCCUGAUUGCACUGUGGAAAUAUUUAUAAGAACUGAUCUAAGUUUUCAGAAUCUGUUGUGAGAAUUGAAUUAUUUGGCCUAGAUUUGUUUUUCAAGAAAAAAAUUAAAAUGAAAAAAAAAAAAAAGUUCUACCAGCAAGAUGGAGUCUGAAGGCGAGGCCACCUGACCAUGCACCAGCUCCUAAAUACUUCUGUCAUGUAAACUAUGUAAUUAACAAAUUAAUUUAAUAAUUAUUCAAAACACAAGAGCCUGGUGGAUUUAAACAAAAAUGUCAUUAUCUCAAAAUUAUAUGUAGCCUUCAAAAAUUAUAUGUAGCCUUCAAAAAUACAAAAACAAAUCAGAAGCAUCAAGCCCUGCACAAUCACUGUUUCAGCAUCACAAGUCCAUUUGAAAUGUGUUGGGAAAAUGAUUUUAAAAGGACACCUAAAAAAGGAUCUAUUUUUGUACAAAUGUAAUUUUAUCUUGAGCUUAUUGUUUUGUUUUCUCCCUCUCCCGCCUUCCCUUUUCUCUCCCUCUAUGUGGGAUGCUGUAUACAUUUGUGUGUAAAAUGUUGCUUUGGAAAAAAAUAGGAAAAGAAAUGAAAUGAAAGCCAGAUCUCCAGAGCUGGGAGAUCAAAUCAGGAGUGGUCACCCAUGACAACCAACCUGCGCCCGUCUUUCGCCUUUUUGGUUCCUGCCCACCAUGACACCUCCUUUUGUCAUUUUGUUUUAUCGUGUUUUUUUUCCAUUUAUAUUUUUGGUCUAUUUUUAAAGUAAAUGAAAAAAGUCAUCUGUUGUUUGUGGGUUGUUCUUUGAUGUUCUAUCUUUCAUGAAAAUGACGAAAAAAGUAUUAAAAACUUGAAUUUUAA